AUGUACAAGGAGGAGACCAACCGCGACAUCAAGGACGGUGGCGACAACGAUUCGGACGACGAUGACGACUUGGUGACUCGGGCCUCGAAGCGCAAGCGGGUAGUCGACUCCGAGUCCGAAUCUGGGUCAGAGUCGGAGUCCGAGGGUGACGACAGUGAAGGAGAAGGGGAGGAGGAGGAGGAGGAAGUGGACAGUGAGGAAGUAACAGACAGUGAAGAGUAUGACUCGGAAGAAGAAGAAGGAAAGGAAGGAGAGGCAAAGACGGACAAAGCCUCUUCCACCCGCGCUGCCAGAACCUCAAAUGCCAGACCCCAGACCAGGAUUGGUGUGGCCGAGAGCAGUGGAGAUGAAGGGGAGGUCCAUGGGGAGCCCUGUGCAAUUUGUCUAGGGCGUAUGAAGGGUGAAGUGGGAUCCCCUGAAGGCUGUGAUCACUGUUUCUGCCUGGACUGCAUUCUGGAAUGGUCAAGGACAAAUAACUCCUGCCCCUCAGACAGGAUACCAUUCCUGUUAGUAUUUGUGCGCAAGCAUAUGGGUGGGCGCAUCAUUAGGAAGGUGGCAGUAGAGGAAGUCAAGCCAGAUGACAUUCCAGAAGAGGAGGAAGAUCCAACAUUCUGUGAAGUGUGUGGCCGCUGUGACCAUGAGGAUCGUCUCUUGUUGUGCGAUGGCUGUGAUCUGGGUUACCACCUGGAGUGCCUUGACCCACCACUGACUCGAGUACCCAUAGAGGAGUGGUUCUGUCCUGACUGCCAAGCUUUAAAUGCCACAAACAAUACUGCUAUUGAGGUUUGUCAAAAGGAGAUAGAGUAUACGGAACUUAACGACCUGAUAGAUGAUGGUGCUCCUAGUUCCUUACUCCCAACCUUACGUCCCAACCGUACUCAGAGACCCAGCAACAGAACACAGAGCGGGAGACUCCUGCCCAGAACACGUGCCUCAGAGAGGGUGAGAGCACGAAUCACACGCUCACGUCAACAGAGGGCUGCCAUCUCUCUCCAGGAGGAAUUAGAGCAGGGGGCCACCAUUGAUGCCAUUGCGGCCAUGGAAGAGGAGGAGGCAGAGGCAGGGAGCAAGGCUUCUCCAACAGCCUCACCAUCCACUUCCAAGUCACAGAGAACCACAUCCACCACCAAACCACGCAGAACCUCAACUGCCCCAAAGAGAAAGAAGGGAAAGGUGGUGAGAAAAAAGAGAAAAGUCCGAAAGAAACGAAAAACCACAACCAAGAAAACCACAAAAUCAAAGAGUACCAGGACAGCGCGUCUCAAAACAAAGCGCAAAACAAGGAAGACCACCAAGAAAGUCAAAUCCAAGAAAAGGAGAAAGAAGAAGGGUACCAAGAAAAUGAAGAAAGCAGUGCCUGCAGUAACACCUAAGGCAAGAAUAGCAGAAGUGUUGGGCAUUCAGCCUUGUAAGCCAUGGCAGCUUGUACCCAACAUGCGACCAGCUACCAACCGGGAAAAUUCUGUAUUUGGUCGCCGUGAAAAUGCUGCCCUCCCGCAACUUUCUCUCCUUGGGGUCAAUGCAGAUGUUGACAUUAGCAUGGAGCCUGAUGAGUAUGGUGAUGCAAUCCUAGCAGCAGGAGUGAGAAGGGGGCGUGAAGUAAACUCCACCCAGGCUCUUGCGAGACGGAAAGCACUCUCAGUUCGAGCUCUAAUGUCUCACACAUCACUUGAGAGGAGAAUGGUCAAGCCCAAAGUGGUAGAGAAUAACAACACAAGAAUUGCUGGCAGUGUGUUGGACUCUAUCAUUGAGAGUCAGUCUAUCCUCCUGAAGACCAACCCCAAGGCCCUGCGAAACCGGAUCAUGGUGAAGGCCCCCACCAGCACAGGAAACAGAACAAAUGAGCCCCUGCAGCUAAACGGGCGUGCUGAGGGCCAUUCAAGGGCUGCUGGACCUGACUCCCCUGGCCGGCAGCAAUCGGGAGGAGAGAACCAAGGGGGAUCCCCCUCCAGGCAGCCUGCACCAGGCCAGACCUUGGCAGGCGGAGGGGGAGGAGGCAGGUCACCAGGAGGAAGCAACAGUGGGGGUCACCAGAGUGGAGACCCCACAGGUGCAAAGGCUUAUGCAGCAUAUCUCAAUAACAGUGAUGGUGAUGGGGGUCAGAAGGAGAAUCCAAGUGGCAGCUGUAACGGUAGUAAGAAAAAAGAAAAGAAACCAGACGAAAAAAAGAAAAAAGAUGAUGAUGAGGAAAUAGAUAUUUAUAGUGACAUAGAACCAGAAGUACCUGAAGGGGAGGAAGAGGAGGAGGAGGAGGAAGAGGAGGAGGAGGAGGGGGAAGAGGAAGGAGAGAAAGCUAAUUAUAAGGACAAUAAUGCUGUGAUGGUGACAUCAGAAGCAGAUAAAAAGGAAAAUGAUCGUGAUCCAGAGUCUAGUGACGAUGAUCUUGUCAUUGACGACAGUAUCAAGCCAGAAAGUAGAACAAAUCCAGAUAUGCCGAGAAGAAUAGUGGUGGAAGACUCAGAGGAAAAUAACGUAGUGGGUAGUAGCAAUUUGCCUGGUCUCAAUGACUUUGAGCUUGAGGCAGUCUCAGAUACUGAUACUCCAGACCUUGAUAAGUCUGCAAAUAGUUCAAUAUCUUUAUCAGAUAGCAAUAUGGGUGACCACGAAGUGACUAGUAGCACAAAUGAGAAUGUUAAUCAGGGUAAAUCUGACCAUUUAGUUAAAGAAAUCUUUGGGGAGAGUGAUGAAGAGAAGAGUAGAGAGAGAACUAAUCAGCCCAUUGUAGGGCUAGAAGGGCUGGAAACAGAGACAAUAUCUGAUAAUGAGGAGAUAAGCUUUGAUGACAAUGAUGACAACAUUGAGGAGGGUGAGAUCCCUAGCGAAACACCCCAACAUUCAACACCACCUGCACACCACCCCAGACUCAACCUUCAGAUCCGCAGGGUGAUUGAGGUGUCUCCGUCUCCAAGAGACCAGGAGGGAGAGUACGAGGAAGGAGAAAUAGUGGAUGAAAAUGCCAAGCGCAGAGAGAAGAAGAAGAAGGAAAAGGAAAAGAGCAAAAAAGAGAAAGAGAAGGAGAAACCUGAGGCAGAGGAGGCAGAACCCGAGGAUCCUGAGAAGGAUAAGGAGAAUACAGUGCCCGAGUUGGAGGCCGAACCCCCUAAGGAGCCAGUUGAGCCCACCCCUCCAGAGGUCCCCAAGAGUCCUCCACCCAAGCCCAAGUCAAAGGCCAAGCAGAAGGAUAAGGAAAAGGAUGUAUCCUUCAAGAAGGUAUCCAAAAACACCAAAGAGAGAAACUACAGAGACAAUGACAAAGAUGAGAGAGACAAAGACAGGAAGGGCGCCAAAAAUUCGAGGGACCGCCCUAGGGAUGGGCAUGACAGAAACAGAGACAGAAGUAGAGGAGAAAGAGAAAGGGAUAGAAGUUUAGACAGAAAUAGAGACUCGUCAAACAAACGGAGAAGGGACAGAGAAAAGAAAAGAGAACCAAAGAGAAAAGAAAUGGAAAGGUACAAUGUGAGAAAGAUGAUCACCCAGAAGGAGGAGGAGAGAAAGAAGAAGGAUGAGUUUGGCCGGGAUGUGGCCUUGAGGUCAAGGUCAAGAUCGAGGUCAAGGCAUAGAUCAAGGUCAAGGUCAAGAAGACACAGCAGAUCAAGGUCAAGACGACGGUCCUUGUCAAGAGGCAGAAGGACUAGGAAGAGCUAUUCCCGUUCCCCCUCAAGGUCUCGGGCCAAGAAGCGGGGAGCCAGAAGAAGGAGCUACUCAUCAUCAUCCUCCUCAUCAUACACAUCCUCAAGCUCUAGCUCAAGUUCAAGCUCCUCCUCCCGGUCGAGGUCCCCAGUACGUAGCCGCGACAGGAGGAAGAGACGUAGCCGGAGCAGGUCGCGUACGCCACCAGUCAAGAAAAAGCCUGAAAAGAAGAAGGUCCCCCCACCAGCAGCCAAGCCAAAAGAGAAGACCAAAGAAAAACCCAGGAAGCCUGAAGCAGUUGUAGAGAAGAAGAAAGAGAAGAAAAAGGACGAGAAGAGAAAGGAAAGAGAAGUGGACAAGAAGGAGGAGACCAAGCUAGAAAGAGACCGGAGGAAGAAGAGAAGAGAGAAGUCACCUCUACAAAGCAAAGAAGUGUACCAGGCAGGUGGUAGCAUCAUGGUGAGUGUGAGUUUUGCAAGGGCUCCAGGCAAAGAGAACAAAGAAGGCAGAAGGAGAAGGGAAAGGGAUAUAAAAUUGGAAGGAGAUCCCAAGAGAAAAGCACACAAGAAUGUAGAGAAAACACGCAGCAGUCCCUUCCGGUCAUGGUCAAGAAGCCGAAGUCCCUCAGCAAGUGGCAAGAGAACGCCACUCCAGGACGAGCCCAUGUGGUCACCCGAUCAUGUGGCUGAAAAUCGUGCUAAAGAGAAACCUCCCAAGAGCCCAGAAGUAAUAGAUUUGGAUGUGAUAAUGGUCACUCCCCCACCUCAGGAACCCAUCCUCAUCUCCGACUCAGAAGAUGAGGGUAUUACACGGCUGCCUCCCGAUCUUGGCACCACACCUGUGCCUCCAGUCAGACCUCAGGGACCCAAGACUCCUCCUGAACCUGCUGUCAAAUUUACCCUCUCAAGCAAACAGGUUCUCAAACCAAUUAAUAACCCUCUGCGUGACGAAGAGGAAGAAGAGGAGGAGCCUCCUGCACCAACGCGGGGACCCAACACACCCCCAGGUCCACCCCCAGAGUCGGAUGAAUCUGUGGGUCGCCCUAAAUCUCCAGCAGUAAGAGUUCCUCGCUCCCCUGCAGGUUCGCCUCCUGGGUCAUCUCCAGAGCCAGAUGUGUACGAUCCAUUUGAGCCCACAAAGUCCCCCUCACCUCCAGGCUCCCCACAACAAGAGGCUCGUGUUAGCAGCAGUGAUCAAACUGAGAUGACUGAAAAAUCAUCUCCUGUUGCACCAGCACCCAAAGCUGCAUCUCCACCACCCUUACCUUCAGAGCCUCCUGAACCAGAGGAACGACCCCCUGAGCCCCAGAAGCCACCUGAGGAAGAGGCCACAAGUACUGUCCCACCAUCUAGUGCUCCAGCUGCUCCUGUCACUGCAACAACAAAUGCUGCUGCUAAACCACCUAAAGCUGCCAAAGCACCAAAAUCAACCUCAUCAUCUACAAAGGUUGCUGCUGCACCAGGGACUGCCACUCCUGUUCAUCCAAUUCAUCAGAUAUUCCCUGGUUUACCAGCAAAUGUUGCAAACAUUCUAUAUCCUGCAGCCAUUGCAGCCGCAGUACGUGGUGCUGGUGCUGCAUUAAUACGUCCACAAGUUGUACAAACGGUGGUAGCCCCAGACUUCUCAAGGCCACCACCAGCGGCAAAUAUAUUGAAUCGCCCUCCUCCAACAACUAUCAUUGCUCCUGCAAGGCUAGGAGAAAAAGGCAAAGCAACACAAAAUGGGAGAGAUGUCACACACACUGAUGUUAUUGAUAUGGAUCUAGAUUCUCCAAAUUCGCCCGACAGUUCAGAUGUAAGUGACAUGUUCGAGCCUCCCUCACCUCAUUCAACCCACCAGUCUGAAAAGCCUUCCCCAAGAAAGACACGAAGUCAGGCCAAGACCUCGUUGAAGUCUGGGAAGGGCGUUGACAAGUUUGACAACCUCUUUGGUGGUGGAGGAGCUAACCGUGGAGGAAGGAAACACAGCACACCACACAGACACAAUCGUGGCAAGAAAGCAAAGGCCCCAGGUAAAAAAGGUGAUGGCAAUGAAGAAGAUAUUCCAAGUUCUGCUGUAGAUCUGCAAGUGAAGGAAAAGUUCUUGAAGAAAGUACAGAGACAAGAGCGAGUAGUUGAAGAAGUUAAGCUCAGUCUUAAGCCAUUCUAUAACAAGAAGACAAUUGGAAAGGAAGAUUAUAAGGACAUUAUGAGGAAGUGCGUCCAGAAGGUAUGUCACAACAAAUCUGGGGAAAUUAACCCCACCAAGAUCCGUGGGCUGGUCCAAGGCUACAUUAAGAAAGUGAAGUACUACCGGAAGAAGCAGUCUGGACCGGCUGACCAGAACCCCGCCAAACCCACUGCCAUAGACCCCCCAGUGGCGGCCGCAGCAGCAGCAGUUCCCACUUUCACCCUCGUCCCCAAGGGUACCAAGCCCCCAACUCCUAUCAAGAAUAAAGCCUAAAAGGGAAUUUUCUACCGUUUAUUUUAUUUAUUUUUAUUAUUAUUGAAUGUAGGUGCCAGGAAAUAUUGUUCAAAGUUGGAGUAGAUGGACUACUCUGUUGUAUAAUUCUAGUGCUGGACAUUUGUUUGGUGGUUGAAACUGUUUUUAACAGAUUGAUAUUUUCCAAGGCUAAUGGAACUGAUGUAAAGUAUGGCUGUUUUGGUAUUUUCUUUUUCUCUUUUAUAAUUUAUUUGAUAUCAGUUAUUUUUUUAAUGCUAGCAUGCAAAGUGCAUGAAAUGUACAUUAUUGAUAGAAAAAGGAAGGCGGUUAAGACAAUUGUAUAGCACACAAGAAAGAAAAAGUAUUUACAUAUUUUUCCUGAAGAUAUGAAUUGUUGUCAGGUCUUGGCUGAAGGAGAAUUAAGUUUUAAUUUUUUCUCACAAACUAUAUUGAGGUUCUUACCAAUGUUACAAGGAACAAUAAUAGGAAAAGAAAAAGUAAAUUGUAAUAGGGCAAUACAAGAGCUUUGGAGACUGCAAUGAACUAAAAUCUGUGUUCCGAUGCAAGUUUGGACCAUCAGUAAUGCUGACAAUAUAUACCUUUUGUAACAGUGUAAAGCCGUGCUGAAUGAUUUUAGUUACUUUUUUAACAAUGAAUCUCUAGAGCAUUAUUGAUACCAGAAACCGCUUGCCAGAACACUGAGUAUCAUUUUUGAGGAAGCACAUUACCUUUCAGUGGAGUAAAAGGAUAUAGACAUAAAAAACUGAACAAAAGCACAUUGGUGCUUGCAAUGGAUACUCUUAGAUUAUUGCAGUGAAAGUGGUCAUGGUCUUUUUUCUAUUACCCAUAAAAAGGAAGAUUCGAUAAGAUGGUUGUGUGUUGUAAAUGCUCCACUGUAACUUGGUCAGGACAUGUUCCAACCAUCAGAACUCUUUUGUUGAAAAGUUUUGAGGUUUCAACAUAGUUCCUGUGUUCAGAAAUGUGAAUGGUAUCAUGGAAUGUGAGUUCCAUGCCAAGCCAGUUUUUAAAACUGGAGAUAUACAUAUAUAAAUACACACAUAUAUAUAUUAUAUAUUUUAAAUGCAUUCACAGGUAAUGAAUUUUAUUCCCAGUUUAGUUUUCUGCAGUUCUACUUAACUCCAGGACCACUGAUGCCACUCGAGGAGCCUAUGUCAGAAUGUUAGUUGGACGAAUGGCAACCACUGCAGACCCACCAAUUUCCUUGAGAAAUAUGACAAAGAGACUAAUUUAAGAGAAUUCUAAGAGUAUCUUCUCUAUUUGUAGUGGUUAUGUAUGUAAAAAUGUUUUCAUAUCUUUUAAGUGUGUAUCAGCGUAAAUUGAAUAAAUUUAAAUAGAU